CAAGCUGGAGCGCAAUGGUGUGAUCUUGGCUCACUGCAACAUCCGCCUCCCAGGUUCAAGUGAUUCUCCUGCCUCAGCCUCCCUCGCAAGUAGCUGGGAUUACAGGCGCCUGCCACCAUGCCCAGCAAAUUUUUGUAUUUUUAGUAGAGACGGGAUUUUACCAUGUUGGCCAGGCUGGUCUCAAACUCCUGACCUCAAGUGAUCUGCCCUCCUCAGCCUCGUAAAGUGCUGGGAUUACAGGGGUGAGCCGCUGUGCCCGGCUGGCCCUGUGAUACUUCUGUGAAAUAAAUUGGGCCAGGGUGGGAGCAGGGAAAGAAAAGGAAAAUAGUAGCAAGAGCUGCAAAGCAGGCAGGAAGGGAGGAGGAGAGCCAGGUGAGCAGUGGAGACAAGGGGGGCCCUGCACAAGGAAACAGGGAAGAGCCAUCGAAGUUUCAGUCGGUGAGUCUUGGGCACCUCACCCAUGUCACAUCCUGUCUCCUGCAAUUGGAAUUCCACCUUGUCCAGCCCUUCCCAGUUAAAGUGGGGAAGACAGAUUCUAGGAUCAUGUGUGUGACUAAUACAGAAAGGAAACAUGGCGUCAGGGAGAGGGAUAAAACCUGAGUGCCAUAUUUUAAGUUAAAAAAAAAAAAAGCAAACACAAAGAUGCUUCAAGAUCUUCAGGAGAAGCAUGGUAUACAAGUUUCAGGGACCCUAUUUGACAAUUUUCAGAGUGCUCUCUAUGCUGAUUCCGAGUCAAGUGUGUCAGCUGUGAUUACAGUGCCUGUGGAUCUAGGCCGGGUUGGGGGGUGUGGGCGGGGGAAGGGAAGUCUGACCCGGAGCAAUUGCUCCUGCUGGUAACCCCAGCACUUUGGGAGGCCUAAGCAGGCGUAUUGCUUGAGGCCAGUAAUUCAAGACCAGCCUGGGCAACAUGGCAAGUCUGUCUCUACAAAACAAAAUUAGAAAAAUUAACUGGGUGUAGUGGCAUGUGCCUGUUGUCCCAGCUACUUGGGAGGCUGAGGUGGGAGAAUGGCUUGAGCCCAGGAAGCGGAGGUUGCAGUGAGCCAAGAUCAUGUCACUGCACUUCAGCCUGGGUGACAGAACCAGACCCUGUCUUUAAAAAGGGGGUUGGUGGGGGGAGGUUCUAGAAUGUCAUGUAGCAACCAGUUUAAGGACUGGGACUCAGGGAUCCAACUCCCACAGUUUCCCUGUGUGACCCUAGGCAUUUGACUUAGCCUUUCUGAGCCUCAGGUUUUUUGUUUCUGAAAUAAAAGGAUUGGACUAGGUAAUCUCCAAGAUCCUAGGAACCCAGGAGAAAGAUGAGAAAAUGUACAAGAAUGAACACUCAGGUGGAAAUGCUGCAAUCCUGAGAAGCCCCCAGGAUGAAUGAAAGGCACAGGACCCUCUUACCCCUUACCCCUCCCCCCUCAAGAGCUGGUUUCUCAAACCUUUCUCUUAGGCCCCUUCAAAGGGGGAAAACUAAAAAUUAUACAAGUUAUAGUUCAAGGACUUUAAAUAGAUUAUAUGAUUGCUCAAAAGGAUGGGGCUGUGAGGAGGGAACACCUUAUUUAAUCUAAUGAAAUUCCAUAGGAAAGAGACCUUUUGUAUAUGGAAUCAAUUUAUCUGCCUUCUCAGUGCAUCUGUCAUAUUCUGAAAGAUUCUGGGUUGAGCUUUUGGGAUAACCUCUAUGGCUGUGUGUGUGUGUGUAUAUUUUUUAACAUUUUGUAUAAUGAUUGGAGGUUGGUAAAAAGUAACACAACAGUACUUUUUUAAUACAAACUUGGUGUGGUCUUGAGUUGUCUUCCAUUGGAGAGCGUACGUGUGCCACAGAUUGGUGCACCUGCCGGCAUUUCUAGGAUUGCACCAACUCCCUCUAGCUCUUCUUGGUGGCCUGCAGGGGCUUAGGGCGCAUUCACUUCCCUCUGCUUGACUUUACGUGAUGUUCUAGCGUCAGACAUCAGGCGAUGCUGUGCAUUACCCAAGACACUGGACAGCUCUGGAGUUUCCCGUCUAACCACUAAUCAAGUUAAAAAGAGGAAAUUAACGCUUUCUUAGUAGUCUCUGAAAGAAACUAGUUAUUUGCGUAAAGAUGACUUGGUUUUGUGUUGUUUAUCCCUGGGGAGAAGGGUAAAGAAGACCCUCAAACUGGAUUUGCUGCUGAAGUGCUUUUAACUCACCUGUGCGGAGAGCGGACUUCAAGAGAGGGCGUGCCGGUGCUCCGGACAAAACCUGGGGAAUACUGAAAGCCACUACCACCACCGUCAUUUCAGCAUCCAGAUCUCAGUCCUGGGUUGGUGUUGUAGGGCAUUUAUUUAUUUGACUUGACGGCGCCUUUCAAAGCUUGCAAGGAUCCCUUCGUCUUCCUCGUGUGCAUCUGCCAAGCCUGUGCCCCGCGCCUCGCGGGCGGACCCGGGCUGGUGGGCGGGGCCUGCAGCGGGGUGGGAGCCCGGUCGCCCAGCCCCUCCCCACCCCGCCCCGCCCAUCUCCGCUGGUUCCCGGAAGCCACCGCGGACAAGCUCUCCCGGGCGCGGGCGGGGGUCGUGUGCUUGGAGGAAGCCGCGGAACCCCCAGCGUCCGUCCAUGGCGUGGAGCCUUGGGAGCUGGCUGGGUAGCUGCCUGCUGGUGUCAGCAUUGGGAAUGGUACCACCUCCCGAAAAUGUCAGAAUGAAUUCUGUUAAUUUCAAGAACAUUCUACAGUGGGAGUCACCUGCUUUUGCCAAAGGGAACCUGACUUUCACAGCUCAGUACCUAAGUUAUAGGAUAUUCCAAGAUAAAUGCAUGAAUACUACCUUGACGGAAUGUGAUUUCUCAAGUCUUUCCAAGUAUGGUGACCACACCUUGAGAGUCAGGGCUGAAUUUGCAGAUGAGCAUUCAGACUGGGUAAACAUCACCUUCUGUCCUGUGGAUGACACCAUUAUUGGACCCCCUGGAAUGCAAGUAGAAGUACUUGCUGAUUCUUUACAUAUGCGUUUCUUAGCCCCUAAAAUUGAGAAUGAAUACGAAACUUGGACUAUGAAGAAUGUGUAUAACUCAUGGACUUAUAAUGUGCAAUACUGGAAAAACGGUACCGAUGAAAAGUUUCAGAUUACUCCCCAGUAUGACUUUGAGGUCCUCAGAAACCUGGAGCCAUGGACAACUUAUUGUGUUCAAGUUCGAGGGUUUCUUCCUGAUCGGAACAAAGCUGGGGAAUGGAGUGAGCCUGUCUGUGAGCAAACAACCCAUGACGAAACGGUCCCCUCCUGGAUGGUGGCCGUCAUCCUCAUGGCCUCGGUCUUCAUGGUCUGCCUGGCACUCCUCGGCUGCUUCGCCUUGCUGUGGUGCGUUUACAAGAAGACAAAGUACGCCUUCUCCCCUAGGAAUUCUCUUCCACAGCACCUGAAAGAGCUCUCUGGCAUCAAUUUUUCCACUUCUCAGAAACACUUUGGCCCACAAAUUCCCAAAGGAACCUUGUUCUUCAUUCUGGAAAACACGAUGCCAACAUAUCAGAAUAAAAGACAGAUAGGAGCUUUUGCUUCAAAGUGAAUCACUUCAUGGAUGUUAAAGUGUCCUGAAAGAUUCUAAACUUCACAACUUUUGAUAGUAACUGUACUAUAUUUGCAACAUAUUUGCAUAUAUUAAUUGUUAUAUCUGAAAAGCAUGAGAUUGCUAUUUUAUAAAAUUAAAUGAAGUAAGUUAAUAUUUUAUUGCUAGGUAUAAGAACUGCUGAUGAGGACAUCUAUAGAAGUAGAAAAUUCUAAAUGUCCUACCAUCACCAAUAAGAAACUUUUGACAGUCCCGUAGAUACAAUAUAAUCACAUGGAAAACUGUAUACAGUAUAUUGUAUGUGAAGAUCCCACAAAAAGAAUAGGGACUGUAGGAAAUAUAAUCAUCUAAGCUACGGGUAAGAAGAACAUCAAGAUUCUUUAAAGCAAUGGCUCUCAAAGUGUGUUUCCUAGACCAGCAGCAUCAGCACCACAUGAAAGCUUAGGAAUGCAAACUCUCCAGCCCUGCCUCGGGUCUACUGGCUCAGCAACUGUGAGGGGGAGGUCUGUAUUUUCAUCUAUGUUAUAACAGGUCCUUGGGUGACUCCAAUAAACACUAAAGCUGGGAAACCAUUGCCUUUAAGGGUGCAUAAGGUGUUAAUUUAGUACAAAAUUUGCAGUUUUCUGUGUUGUUGUGACUUUCUAUUUUUGCAGGAGUAGAAAAGUACCCCAUUGCAGUAGAGAUAAGUGGAUCCGAAACCCCAACAGCAACUGAAGAGGUUCUUUAUGACAGCUGGAACCUGAACCCCAGUUGCCCUUGCACGUUUGUGGUUUAGCAGUCCCAGAGACAAAUCUGCCACUUCUGGCUUGCAUCCAACAAAAGUGCAGCUGUUCAUCAUUAGGAGAUGUUGGCUGAUGUACAUAGACAUGUAAGAAAGAUUCAAAGCAUCAUGGAUGGAUCACCAAUAACACCAGCAUAUGCAAGACCAGAGGAGAGUGUGUGAUCCAGGUCCUAGGAUUGACAAAUGAGGACUCAGUCCCUACUUGGGUUGGUGUUUUAUUUUGACUUUUUUCUGAAACAGCAGAGAAGCUUACCAAAUAAUCACAAGGAGAUAAGAAAGUGUUUACAUUUGUUUCAGUUGCUCUUCACUGCCUCCUUAUGACCAACACUCACAAUUCUAUGGUCUUAGCAGUUGCACUAAGAAGUCAGAAGAACCUGCUAUUGUGGGUUCAUAAUCUUUUAUUGCCGUUCACUGAGAAACAAUUUAUACUACUAAACAAGAUAUCAGUUGUGAUGUUCAAGAUUUUAAGUGCCUUUUGAACUAAAAACAAACAAAAAAAUUGUGACCUGCAUAUAAUGUAAAUGGUUUAUCUUCAAGUCAAAAGCCACAGGUUUACCUCUGCAGCUUUACUCUUUCCUAAACAUUGCUUUCGUGUAUUGCUUAUGCAUGCUUUCUGCGUCCCAAAAAGUAUGUAGAGAAUAACAGUUUAAGUCCUCCAGAUGAGUUACUACCUCUACUACAUGUUUCAUUCUCAUUACAUGUUUCAUUGCUUAUUAAUAUCUGUGUUUUGUAGUGGACUUCAUGAGGACAGGUAAUGUUACCAACUGAAUUGUGUACCCCCAAAAUUCACAUGUUGAAACCCUAAUCCCCAAUGUGACUGUAUUUGAAGUAGGGCCUACAGCAGGUAAUUAAGGUUAAAUGAGGUCAUAAGGGUGGGGCCCUGAAUCGAUGAAAUUAGUGUCCUUAUAAGAAGAAACAGCAGAGACCUUGUUCUCUCCACCAUAUGAGGACACAGUGAGAAUGUAGCCAUCUGUGAGCAGGAAGGGAGGCCUCACCAGGAUCCAAAUGAGCCAGAACCUUAAUCUUGGACUUCUCACCCUGCAGAACUGUGAGAAAAUAAAUUUCUGUUGUUUAAGCCA